AUGCGAGAGGAGGUGAGGAGCUCGUCGGGGGCGGUGGCAGAAACGCCGAUGGCCGUCGCCCGGUCCUCGUCGCCGCCGCAGACCCCGGUGGCCAGUUCUGCUGGCGCCUCAUCACCUGCUAUGCAAACUAAUGUUGCAAGCAUAGAUUGGUUGGGUGGCAAACAAGCUUCCAGAGUUGACUCGUCGUCACAAGUUGCUGCACAUGCCUAUCAUCCUUCCCACAGUUUUGAUGCAGCUGGAACUGCUAUGGAUUCUGCACCAUCAUGUAGGCCAUGGGAACGUGGAGACUUGCUUCGACGAGUGGCAACAUUUAAGCCUUCAACCUGGGCUUCUAAACCGAAGGCUGCUAGUUCAUUGGCCUGUGCUCAGAGAGGUUGGGUGAACGUUGACCUGGACAAAAUUGAAUGUGAGUCAUGUGGUGCACAUCUAAUCUUCAAUGCAUUGACAUCCUGGUCCCCUGUUGAAGUUGCAAAUGCUGGAGAAUCCUUUGCCGAGCAGCUUGAUGCAGCACACCAGAAUAGUUGUCCCUGGAGAGGCAAUAACUGUGCUGACAGCUUGGUCCAGCUUCAUCUUACACAAUCAGCUCUUAUUGGAGGUUUUAAAGAUUGCUGCGAUGGGCUUUUACAGUUUACCUCUCUUCCUGUGAUUGCACCAUCUGCAAUUGAGAACAUGAAGCUUACCAGGAGCGCUCAAAUUGAUCGUCUGUUGUCCCAGUCAAUUACCUUUUUAUCUGGUAUUCUGGGCUGCAGAGCAGAGAGUACAGCAGGAAUUGAUAUCCACCAAGAUUUCUCUUGUAGCUACUCUCAAGCACAGAAGCUCAUAAGCCUGUGUGGAUGGGAGCCUAGGUGGCUUCCAAAUGUUCAAGACUGUGAAGAAAAUUCAACGCAUUCAGCUAAAAAUGCACCCUCAGUUGGGCUUGACGAACGGUUCUAUCCCCAUUUUGUUGAACAUAACAAAAAUUCAUUUUCUGCAUCAGCCAAGAAAGAUAAGGAGAAAGGCAAGUUGCUCGUUGGAGAUUCUGGAUGCAGCAUGAGGUCACCGUUGUUAGAUUGUAAUCUGUGUGGGGCUACAGUCAGGAUGCGGGACUUUAGACCUGUAUUAUGUCCUUCUCGUUUCAGUCCGAAUAACAUUGAUGUGCCUGAAACAGGCAGAAAGUUGACACUGACACGUGGAGUUAGUGCCACCAGCGGUAUCAAUGAGUGGGUUACUGAUGGGGUGGACAGAGGUCAAGAUGAAGGGCGUGAUGAAGCAGCCACAGAUGUGGGAAAACCACUAUCACUUGUUGGAGUAGACCUAAACCUAACAAUGGCUGGAGGAUUACCAUCACCUCAAUCUGCCAUGCCUGCUAUGUCGGAGCGGUUCAAUAAUGGAGGAAUGGGAAGGGACCUGAUGAUUGGACAGACUACAGGCAGUGAAGUAGGUGAUUGUGAAACCUCAUAUGAGUCUCGUGGUCCGAGUUCAAGGAAGCGUAACCUUGAGGAAGGUGGGAGCACAGCUGACAAUCCACAAGAUAGGCUGCAGCAUGCUGAUAGCAUAGAAGGAAAUUUCAUUGAUCGUGAUGGUGAGGAAGUUGAUGAUGAUGCACAAGAUUCAGAUGUCCCGAAUAAGAAGUCCCGUGGGUUUGAUCUGUUUGAUGCCUAUCGUCCUUCUUCUGGAGCUGGUCCCAGUAGAAACUUGUCCUUUGACCCUGAUCCAGAUGCUGGUAUGUUCAGUCACUCGAGAGCAAUUGACCUGGCAGCUGUUGAGCGUCCGACUGCUAGGGAUUCUCUGAGAGCAUCUUCUGUUAUUGCAAUGCAUACUAUUCAUACUUCCGAGGAGGAUUCUAUGGAGAGUGUUGAGUAUUAUCCAGGUGAUGGUAAUGAUAUCGAUAUGCCUUCUUCUAGUGCACAAAGGAACAUUGAAAUGAAUGAUGCCUUGGAUCUUAACUAUAGCAACCAAGCACAGCAAAGUGCCAAUGCACAUGCUGGUGCUGGAAGCGAUGCAAGAGAAAUAGGAGGAAGCAGUACAAAUGAAGGGGAAGAGGUCAUUAAUGCUGAAACAGCUCCUGCUUUCGGAAGGGAUCAACUUAGUUUAGGAAUUAGUGGUGGCAGUGUUGGCAUGGGAGCUAGUCAUGAGGCUGAAAUUCAUGGAAAUGCUGCUUCUCUGCACAGAGCUGAGAGUGUUGUAGGUGAUGCCGAACCUAUUGCCGAGCUUACUGAGACAAUGGGUCAGACUGGUGAAUCAGCUCCAGGACCUGGAUUAAUGGAUGAAUUUGUACCUGAAGUAGAUCGAGAAGAACCUCAUGGAGACAGCCAAGAUACGGUGUCUCGGUCAGUCGGCCAAGCUGACAGUGGAUCAAAAAUAUAUGGCUAUACCAAAGCUGAUUCUGUUGAAAGUGGAGAAAAGAUAGGUCAUGCCACCGGUAACGGAAGCAGCAUGCGUCCUUCCCUUUCUUGCAAUGCAGGGAUGUGUGCUGGUUUUGAUCUGUCUAAAGAUGAUGUGACACAAACUGGCAAAAUACUUACUACUGAUGAUGCGUUAAUGGGGUUAGAUUAUGAUCCUGGGAAUGGAUUAGGAGCUACUAAUGGAGAAAAUGACUAUGAGUCAGGUCUGCUGGAAUUUGAUCCUGUUAAGCAUCACAAUAGUUACUGCCCAUGGGUGAACGGAAAUGUUGCAGCGGCUUGCUGUAGCAACAUUGGCUCCAGCUCAAGUAGUUCAGCGCCCUCUGGUUGGCAGUUAACAAUAGAUGCAGUUGACACGUACCAAUCACUUGGUCAAGCUCAAAAUCAAAUAAUGCAAUCUGAUUCUGCAGCUUCAUUAUAUAUGAUUUUUUUUUUCUGUUUCUUUGUGUCUGGCUGCCUGGUUCUUUGCGCGGGGUGCUAUCUGAGAGGCGAUCACCCUUGUCAAAUCUCAGCAGCCAAUGAGCACCACCCAGAGUGCCAGGUCAUCAGCAACGACCAGAUAAAGAAGCGGAUGAGAUGCCACUUCACUUCACUCCUGCUGCUUGUAUCCUCGUCGUCUUUCCCCUUCCCUCCGUCUUGCAAGCUUUCUCCAGAUCAAUCAGAAAGGGGAAGGGACGAGCAGCCCAUCAUGCCGCUUUGCAGCUUCUACGCCUCCACGUCCGUCCCCGUCGUCAAGCCCCAGCAGUCCGUCGCCUCCUCCAAGUCCCCCUCCACGGCGGCGGCCUCCGUGGCUACAACUGUGCCGAUGAGCAGUGUGGCGGCGGCGACAGUAACGACGGCCGUGCCCACAGCGAGCCCAGCGCUGUCGCUGCACCUGCCAGAGCUGCCGUCGCAGGUGAAGGACAAGAUCCUGAGCCUGGAGCUGAUGGGCGUGGACUACGGGCGCGCGCUGGAGCUGAACCCGGCGCUCCGCGACGCGGCGCCGGAGUCCAUCCACGCGGUGGUGUCGUUCCUCCAGUCCCGCGGGCUCCAGUUCAAGGACCUGGGCCGCGUCUUCGGCAUGUGCCCGUCCGUGCUCACCGCCAGCGUCCGCGCCGACCUCCGCCCCGUCUUCGCCUUCAUCUCCGAGGACCUGGGCGUCCCGGAGUCGGCGCACCGGCGCGUGGUGAUCAAGUGCCCGCGCGUGCUGGCGUGCAGCGUCCGCGACCAGCUCCGCCCGGCCCUCAUCUACCUCCGCCGCCUGGGGUUCCGGGACAGCCGCGCGCUGGCGCUGCAGGACCCAAUCCUCCUCGUCUCCAGCGUGGAGCGAACCCUGGCGCCGAAGCUGGAGUUCCUGGCCGGGCUGGGCAUGUCCCGGGACGACGCCGUCGCCAUGGUGCUGCGGUGCCCGGCGCUCUUCACCUUCAGCAUCGAGCGGAACUACAGGCCCAAGUUCGAGUACCUGGUGGACGCCAUGGGCGGCGGCGUCGAGGAUGUCAAGGCCUUCCCGCAGUACUUCGCCUUCAGCCUCGAGAAGCGGAUCGCGCCGCGCCACUGCGCCGCGGAGGACGCCGGCGUCGCGCUGCCGCUGCCGGACAUGCUCAAGGCCACCGACGAGGAGUUCAGGGAGAUGCUCGACAAGGAGCGGGAGCUGCUCCAGGAGCAGACAGCGACGAGGGACUGA